AUGCAAGUCCUUAUAUUGUUGCUCAUAAACGCUGCAAUUGGCCUUGCCAACCUCCUCUCUGGUGCCCAGAUAAUUCCUGCACACGACAAAUCAGCCUUACAGCAUAUUGGUGCCCACGGACAGAAAUAUCCAAACCGUCGCACCGUAACCAUUCGUCCAUCCCGAGAUGACACUGACGAUAUCUCCUCUGACUUCCUCUGGGGCGUGCACCAAGCUAAUCAUGGUGGACGUCUGCUACUGGAAAAGGGCAAGCUUUAUGUAAUAGGAAAGAUAUUAGAUCUCACCUUUCUGGAUGAUAUUGAAGUGCAACUGGAUGGUGAAAUCAAGUUCACUGAUAACAUUACCUACUGGCAGGCCAACAACUUCUACUACUCAUUCCAAAAGUCUAUUACUUUUUGGGUGUGGGGUGGCCAGGAUAUAAAGAUUUUCGGAAAAGGCACAAUGAACGGAAAUGGCCAGGAGUGGUAUAACUCAUUUGCUGGAGAAGAAAUUCUGGAUCCUGACAACACAUUCUAUCGUCCUAUUCUAUUCCUCACCGACAACGCCACUAGACUAAGCGUGGAAGGAAUCACGCAAUUGAACUCACCCUGCUGGACCAAUUUCUUCAUAAGGACUAAUGAUGUAUCAUUUGACAAUGUCUACAUUCAUGCAUACUCGACAAAUGCUUCGGCCCGUCCAGCAAACACGGAUGGUUUCGAUUCUCUGAAUGUAAAUGGACUCCGUGUGACCAACACUAGAGUGGAUAUUGGAGACGACUGCUUCUCGCCGAAACCCAAUACUUCCAACAUAUUCGUGCAAAAUCUCUGGUGUAACAAUACCCAUGGGGUGAGUAUGGGCAGUAUUGGACAGUACUCUGGCGAGUUUGAUAUUAUCGAGAACGCAUAUAUUGAGAACGUGACCCUGCUCAAUGGCCAAGUUGGUGCCCGACUCAAGGCAUGGGCUGGUGAGGAUGUGGGCUACGGCCGUAUCAACAACAUCACGUAUCGAAACAUCCAUAUUGAGAACACAGAUAAACCGAUAGUUCUUGAUCAGUGUUACUUCGACGUGAAUGAGACUGAGUGUGCCAAAUACCCGUCCCAGGUCAAUGUCACCAAUAUUAUUUUCGAUAAUAUCUACGGCACUUCCUCAGGGGACUGGGGUAAGGUCGUGGUGGGCCUGACUUGUUCACCCAGUGCGGUUUGUUCGAAUAUUCUCCUGGAAAGAAUAAACUUGACUAGUCCUAGUGGGUACUCUGAGAUCACCUGUGAUAAUAUUCAGGGGAGUAUUGGAGUGAACUGUACCUCUAGUUAG